CAUAACCACGUCACUUGACAAGUCGUGUUUUCCCAACAACCUGGAAGUGUUGUUUGAAAUAAUCUGUGAAUUGUUUUUCUUGAUAACCGUUUCUACAGGUGACAUUAUGUGCACGCUCAAUUUAAGACACAAAAUUAUACGAGGUCGGUAAAGAGAACUGGUUAAAAUUGUUCGUAGUAGUCCAGUGACGGGCAGCCAUGUUUUCUUUCUUGUAGCAGUUCUCAGGAAGGUGGUGGUGUGCUUACCCGACGCAGUUCACUGAACUUGUCAGUCGUCUGUUGACUGAUUUCUGCAUUUAAAAGAUGAGUCCUCCCAAUGGAAUUUAUAUCAUCCAGGGAGAAGUGUCGCUGGUUGUCACGGCAAUGCGGCGUACCUCCAGGUGGACAACACACAGUCAUCUUGAUGAAGAUGCCGAUCCACUGUUAAGCAGUUUCUCUCAGCUCAAAGAUGUGCUGAAUAGCAUCACAGCUUUGGAUGAGUUGGAACCGAAUGUUUUUCUGAGUCCGUUUUUAGAGGUGAUUCGUUCCGAAGACACAACUGGUCCGAUAACCGGCUUGGCUCUGACAUCAGUGAACAAAUUCCUGUCCUAUGGACUUGUCGACCCGAUGAGCGAGAUGGCUGCAGCUGCGAUAGAGAACGUUGCGGACGCUGUGACCCACGCGCGGUUCGUGGGGACGGACCCGUCAUCAGACGAGGUGGUGCUCAUGAAGAUCCUGCACGUGUUGCGCACGAUGCUGCUGUGCACGGCCGGCAUCCUCCUCACCAAUGAGUCUGUCUGCGAGAUCAUGCAGUCCUGCUUCAGAAUCUGCUUCGAGAUGAGGCUCAGUGAAUUGCUUCGUAAAGCUGCAGAACAUACUCUGAUGGAUAUGGUUCAACUUCUGUUUACUAGACUUCCACAGUUUAAAGAAGACACCAAAUGGAGUGCCAACAUGAAAAAGUUGAAAAUGAGAGCGGGUGUUGUGGACCCAUCAAGACUCUCCAAGCGAAAACGUUCACCUAAGCCGCGAACCAAGAAGAAUCACUCACAACAGCAGCAUGGUACUGAUGGCACCAAGACGCAGCCAGCCAUUUCAGAGAACGCUGAAGAUCUGACCGAUUGUGUCAUGCAGAUGGAAGUCUCUGAAUUCGAGCAUAUUGCAAACGAUCGAGUUAUAGCAACGACUCCAGUAGCAACAACAGAUGAGGGGGUUAUUGAUAUAGCAAAAAGUUUUGAGGCAGCAUCCCGGGAUGACCAAGAACAAUACCAGCUUGUCGUACCUCAUGACAUCAAGGAACAGGUGACAGAGGCCACAGACAGACCUCCAACAGAGGGAGCCGAUCAAGGGGAAGAACUCCAGUCAGAAGCAGCUAAUAGUGUUCCAUGUGAUAGUGCUAUUGUGACUCUGACAGUGCAAGAGGACACAGUUUUAAAAAAAUGUCCGAGUGACUCAGAGUUGACCUCUGACCUUGGCGAUGACAACGAGUCGAUACAGUCCACCACUGAUUCCAUAGAUACGGCUUCCUCAUUCCAGGAGAGUGAUUUCAUAAAUCCGAAAGGGGUUCGCUUUACGCAGAUUCAGGGCUACAGAGAAGGAUCAUACCCUCUGAUUCCAUAUGGACUGCCAUGUGUACGAGAGUUGUACCGGUUUCUAGUGUCGCUGACGAACCCGAUCGAUCGUCACAACACGGACGUGAUGAUUCACAUGGGACUCAGUCUUCUGACCGUGGCACUGGAAGCUGGCGCUGAUCACAUCAGCUCGUUCAACUCGCUGCUGUAUCUAGUCAAGGAUGAAAUGUGCCGCAACUUAUUCAUGCUGUUGCAGGUAGAACGCUUGUCGCUGUUUGCUGCAUCUCUCAGGGUCUGCUUUCUCUUGUUCGAGUCGAUGAGGAGUCAUCUUAAACUGCAGCUAGAGAAUUUCUUGAUCAAGCUGAGUGACAUUGUGAUCUCGGAAUCCCCGAAGGUGUCGUAUGAGGUUCGUGAGAUCACACUAGAGUCGAUCGUACAGCUGUGGAGGAUUCCCGGGCUUGUCACUGAGCUUUAUCUUAACUACGACUGUGAUCUCUACUGCUCCAACCUGUUUGAAGAAGUCACCAAACUUCUCUCCAAGAAUGCGUUUCCGGUGUCGGGACUGUUCACGACUCACCUUCUAUCGCUGGAUGCUCUGUUGACGGUCAUUGACAGUGUGGAGCAGCACUGUCACAGCAGAAUCCUCAACUUGAACAAAUCAGCAUCGGGAAGUCAGCUGGCAGACAGCGAGGAAAAGACUCCAAACGAUGGUCCUGAAUUGAAAACUGGCGAUGCAGGAACAAACUACGAGAAUGAACAGUCCGAGUCGAGAUUGCUGGGUCCUCCAACCACUGGAUACUGCAUGGCUCAGCAGGCCAAACAGUACACACAGGAUUGGUCAAAAAGCAACAAGGUGCCAAAAGAAUCUAAGAAAGGACCACAGAUAAAGCCAAACAGAAUGAGGAUCACAUCAAAAAUACCAACUCCAGAGGAAAUAUCAAUUAUCAAGCACAAGAAAAAGCUGUAUCAGAUGGGUACGGAACUGUUCAACAACAAGCCAUCGAAGGGGAUUGCGUUCCUCCAGGAGCAGGGUCUGUUUGCCACGCCCCUUGAAGAGGGGGAGGUGGUCAGCUUCCUGAAGGAGAACCCCAAGCUGGACAAGAAGAUGAUUGGAGAAUACAUUGCCAACAAGAAAAACAAAAACGUCCUGGAAGCAUUUGUUAAAUCAUUCAACUUUGAGGAUAUCCGCAUUGACGAAGCACUUCGCUGGUACCUCGAAGCAUUUCGAUUACCUGGAGAGGCACCGGUCAUUUCAUUCCUUAUGGAGCACUUUGCUGAUCACUGGCAUAAAAUGAACGGAGAACCAUUUGCCAAUGCUGACGCAGCCUUCACCUUGUCGUACGCUGUUAUCAUGCUGAAUGUCGACCAGCAUAACCACAAUGUGAAGAAACAAAACACCCCAAUGACAGUUGCAGAAUUCAAGAAAAAUGUGUCUAAAACAAAUGGAGGUCAAGAUUUUGAUCCAGACAUGUUAGACGACAUCUAUCAAGCAAUACGAAAUGAUGAGAUUGUAAUGCCGGCCGAGCACACGGGUCUAGUGAAAGAAAAUUACUACUGGAAGGUUCUGUUAAGACGUGGAGCCACUAAAGAAGGAAUUUUCCUUCACGCUCCGACUGGCGCGUUCGACCACGAGCUGUUUACUCUGGUGUGGGGAUCAACAGUGGCGGCCAUGUCGUUCGUCUUUGAUAAGAGCUCCGAUGAAUCUAUAAUACAGAAAUCCAUUGCUGGAUUCAGAAAAUGUGCAAUGAUCUCAGCUCACUAUGGGAUGAGUGACGUCUUUGACAAUCUCGUCAUCUCUCUCUGCAAGUUCACCACACUUCUUAGUUCACCUGAGACCCCAGAAAACAUCCCUGCUGCGUUUGGCAGUAACCUGAAGGCUCAGCUAGCGGCGCGGACUGUUUUCGGCCUCGCUCACCGACACGGGGAUAUUCUCAGGGAGGGCUGGAAGAACAUCAUGGACUGCAUGCUACAGCUCUACAGAGCCAAGCUUCUACCCAAGACCAUGAUAGAAGUUGAAGAUUUUGCUGAUGAUAGUGGGAAAAUAUCUAUAAUGAGGGAAGAAAACACGUCAUCACAGAGGUCCGAUUCCGGGGUCCUCAGUAGUUUCUACUCGUACUUCUCGCUGUCGGACUCUGCGAGUCAGAAGGGUCCUUCGCCCGAGGAACAGGAGGCAUUCCGCCAGUCUCAGGGGGUGAUCCGAGACUGCCACCUAGAUCUGCUCAUCCUCGACAGCAAGUUCCUCAGAGAAGACUCACUGCAGGAGCUAGUAAAGGCACUGAUCAUGGCGUGUCAGGGCUCGGAGGAUCACAACUCUGUCGGGGCUCAGUACGACGAGGAUUCAACCAUUUUCUUCCUCGAGUUACUCAUCAAAGUUGUACUACAAAAUAGAGACCGUGUCUCACCUAUAUGGCAGUCAGUGCGUGACCAUCUAUACAAUAUUGUAGUGAAUGCCUCGGAACACACUUUCCUUGUGGAACGUGCUGUAGUCGGUUUGCUCCGACUGGCAAUCCGUCUGUUACGACGUGAAGACAUUGCCCCCCAGGUCCUUACCUCUCUGAGGAUGCUGUUAAUGAUGAGACCAAAUGUCAUUCACAGUAUGAGUCGACAGGUGGCGUACGGCCUGCACGAUCUACUCAAGACGAAUGCAGCCAACAUCCACUCCAGUACAGAUUGGUUCACGCUCUUCAUGAUUCUUGAGGUGGUGGGGGCAGGUGCAAACCCUCCCCCACUUCUGCAAGUCUGUUCUGGGGUAGACGUGGCUGAUGUCUUGUACGAUGCUGGUGCCCAGAGUGACAGCGAGGUGUCUGGUAGAAGCUGUCAUACGGACGUCAGCGACCGUGGCUACACAUCCGACAGUGAGCUGUACGAGAGUCAGAACAAACACCAGCCGCCUGAAUCCACCGAGCUGCAUCUCAGACCCAUUCCGGACAACGGCAGCUGGAUGCUGGUGAACAAAGAAGAGCCGGCAGCCCCUCCACGGAAACGGUCUGUCCCCAUUAAUCAGUUCAGCAUCGACCUGAAGGAAACUCUUCAUUACUGUGAUAGCAAGGCUCUGCAGAAAUCAUCUGAAACACUCUCAUUCCUUGUGCGCGAUGCAGCACAUGUCACUCCGCACAAUUUUGAAAGUUGUGUACACGCAAUAAGAACAUUUGUCGAGGCCAGUUUAAAUGGAGGCCAUCUUAAAGUUCCAACAAAACCUCAUACCCACGAAAAGAAGACGUACCGUAAGUCUCACCGAUCAAAAAAUAAAGCCAACGCUCUGAAGAAGUCGAAGUCUUCCCCAAGCCACCUGUCGCAUCACUCGUCUGAUGACGAAGGCGACAUGGAGACCGCGGGGCUGCACUCGCUGUCUAUACAGCUGCUCGAUCUGAUGCACACGCUACACACGCGCGCGGCCACAAUCUUCAGCUCGUGGGCCAAGGAGGAGAAAGAGGGGGAGGAGACCAGGGAGCAUAUUGAUGCUGGGAUGAGUACCCUGUGGGCCAAGUGCUGGUGUCCGUUACUUCAAGGUAUAGCCCGGCUGUGUUGUGACUCGAGGCGCCAGGUGCGCAGUCAGGCCCUGACCUACUUACAGAGAGCGUUGUUGGUCCACGAUCUCCAGACUCUCUCCGCCGUUGAGUGGGAGGCCUGCUUCAACAAGGUAUGGUUUCCGUUGUUGACGAAGCUGCUUGAGAACAUCAACCCUCAAGAUCCAUCAGGGAUGGAGGAGACGAGAAUGAGAGCGUCCACCCUCCUCUGUAAGGUCUUCCUACAGCACCUGAGUCCUCUCCUCUCCCUGUCCACCUUUACCGCUCUCUGGCUGACCAUCCUCGACUUCAUGGAGAAAUACAUGAAAGCAGACAGGAGUGAUCUUCUGUCGGAGGCGAUCCCGGAGUCCCUGAAGAACAUGCUGCUGGUGAUGGACACGGCUGCAAUAUUCCAGACGGGCGAGAACAUGGAGUCGCAGCUGUGGCGGCUCACCUGGGACAAGAUCGACACCUUCCUACCCAACCUGAAGGGAGAUCUCUUCAAACCGUUCGAACCAGAAGUUAAGAAGAUUGACCGAUGUGAAAAUAAUUCCGCAGAUACAGACUCCAGCGUGGUUUCACCAGGAGAUACACCCCAUGAGCCAGUUUGUGAUAACCUACCUCUGGAAAGGGUUACUGUUGUAGAACAAGAUUCAGGCAGCCAAUCUCCACAACGAUCCAUUAGCCCACUGAUGACUGCCCCACAAGAGACCACGCCUGGCUCCGCCUAUAUUCUGCAUCCACCUCUACCGAACAUCACAACCCCCACCCCAGGCCAACCUUCAGGUACCAAUGAGCCCCCCAGCGAGGGCUAUACCUCUGCUCAUAUUCCUCUUCUGUUAAACCCAGACAUCAUUCAAAGUACAACUAUACCAUAUAUAUCGCCGCAAUCACAGAUGAACAAUCUGACCGCAAGCAGCCCCUGAUUUUUGGUUCGGUGCCAUGUCAGUCAACAGUCAUUCACACAAUUUAAUCUGUUUUUUCUUCAUCUUCUCUUCAUCUUCUCAUUACCUGUAGUAUAUGGACAUCACUAGUUGUUAGUCAACAUCAUGUCCAUUAAAAUGCAUCGCCAGUUCUCGGUAAAAAUACCAGGUUCAGAAUUUUAUACGGGGAAUUAUAAAAUUAGAAAAAGGUUGAUUUGAGUUUGUUGAAGGCAAAUGAGCGGAGCUUCCUCAAAGAGCGAUAUCUGUAGCCGGAGAGGCUUGGGUGAAUGCUGUCCGGGAAUUGUUUACCUAAAGAUGCUCAGGAAGGCAUUUUCAGAUCAAUUUGGUUUUGUAUAUUGUGGUUGGUGAAGUUUAUAAAACCCCAAAAGUCAUUAAAAAGGGCACUUGAAAGGGGUAGGGAGGGGGUCACAGGACCCUGGGAGCCCCCUUCUGGAUCAGCCAAUACAGAUCAGUGUAUUGACCAAUCCCAGUUCAAUGUAUUGACCAAUCAUAGUCCAGUGUAAUGAUCAAUCCCAAUUCAAUGUAUUGACCAAUGAUAGUCCAGUGUGUUGACCAAUUGAGACGGUUUAGUGCCAGCUGAAAACUUAUUCUGGCCUUGUUAGUUGAAAAUUCACAGUAACACACACACACUUUUGAAGAUUCAUCAAGUUUUCCUCAUUGUUAAAAGUAGUUUGCAUCUCGGAAAGUUGUAGUUUUUACCACUGUUAAGUGUUUGUCUUGUAGAUUGUUUUAUGGCUUGUAAAAUAUCACAUUAUAUAGAAUGUGGAUGAAUUUCUACACAUUCUUCGACAUUCUCAUGUUUAUAGUACAUGUAGGUCAAAAACAAAUCAUUUUAAGGAUGUCCCAGUAUUGAGAGAACCUAUUGAGGCAUCUAACUAGGUGGCUGAUGUUUGUUACUUUAUAGCUGGUGGGGUUUUUUCUUCAUGCUGGGAAGUCUAGACAUAUAUUCAUUAAACUAUUAAACUAGUGUCUAAAGUAUUUGGAACAUCUGCCAGUUUGUUCUUAUAAAGAUCAAUGCUCUAAUAACAAUUAUUUGGCUUAGCAAUUUCCAGGCCUGUACCGUGCCUAAUAUAAUGGGGUUUGAAGAAGACAGUAAAACUAGUAAUAUGGAGCACAGUAAUAUGGAGACACUGGCAGCUAGAUGUGAAAAAAAGGGGGGGGGGGGGGGGGGGGUUGACUUGUAAACAAAAAGGGCACUUUUUGUAUUUUUCCGAAUACUUUUCAUCAACUAUGCUUCAUGAUUGAUAUAAUAAAUUGCCGGGUAACUGAGUUUAGCAAACAUAUUUGAUAAAAAUUAUUUUAGCAAGCUUAUCCAGUUGUGGGUUUUGUGUGUUAAUUAUUAAUUUUAAUUAGUACAAUUUUAUUGUCAUUAUUUAAAACAAUUUCUAUUAUUUCAUUUAAUGUGUGUAAUAUUUUGUAUUAUAUUUCAUUCUAUUUAUUGGAUCUCACAGAAUUGGCUCAUACUCAAGAUUUUUAAAUAUAUUUUUUCUUGUAAUGUGUGUAUGUGAUCACAAGUAUGUGCUUGCUGUAAUAGAUUGGUCGCUUAAUCUUGCUAUAUUGUUUCAUUACUACUUCAGUUUGUUUUUUCUGUGAUAACAAAAAUAAAUAAUAAUAAUAUCACUCAUGAGUACUUUCAUAACAAGCUUUAUUAAUAUUUUUCAUUUAAUUGAGAUUCCCUCUCUCCCCCCCCCCCACCCCCCCGAUUUUUAUGUUUGUAAUAAAAUGGGAAUUGUUUUUGUUCAUCACUGAUGGUAAUGUUUUUAGCUUACUCUUUAGACCUAAAUGAAAUGAUUUUGUAGUAAUGACCAUUUAUGGUCAAAUGUUGAUUAUACACCAUCUGUCAGUUUACAAAGAUAAAAACAUGCAUGUUGGGUUGAAAUCCGUGAUCGUUUUGUCUGUAAGGUGUAACCACAUUAAGAAGGAAAGUAUUUUGAAAAUUUAUGUAGAUAUAUACCAGUUUUUGUUGUCAUUACUGAAAAUCUGAUGUAAUACUAUUAAAGAUAGUUUCUGCGUGUUAGAGAAGUUAUUUAUAGACCGAUAUAAAUCAUUUAGGUUUCGUUGUAGAAACAUUAGAACCAUCGUAAACCAUAACAGUGAUCUUGACAGACUGUUACACUCUGUGGUGUAAAUGUUAAAAUAUAUAUCUGUGAAAGCUAAAAGUACUGUAGGAUCUAUGCUUACCAAACUGUAGUUUUUAGAAAUAUCUGAAUUCUUGUUUCAAAAAAAGGUGUCAUUUUGAUUGCAACUGUAUGAUUUUAAACAUACCGGUAGUUGAGCCUACUAAAGUCUAGGCUCGUGUUUUUGUUAACUUGUGUGCAGAAAACCUAUCAGUUAGUUGAUCCUCUUUCCUUACUAACAUUUAUGAUCUGUACUUAGCAUCUUGUGAUGACAUCGUUGAACAAUUAUGAGUACCAUGGGUUAUUGUGAUGUGUGGAUAGUUCCAUCGAGUAGAACUAGAAGUAUAUACGAGACUGCAUACACAGCCUGUUGGUAAAAGACAACCUGAAUAUUUAUUUUUAUUGUGUAUAUAUAUAUAUAUAUAUAUAAAUAAUAGGUCUAGCUACAAAUGUGGUGUUGACUUAGAAACUGACAUUUGUGUAUCAGAGAUUCUCUAUUUUUCUCUAGAUGUUCUUUUAUUCGUGUGUUUGUAUAUAAAUGUAUGUACAGAUUUGUUUUUGGUUCCUUGUUAUUGCUUGAUAUAUGCUCAUUUCUUACUGUUCCCGCUUGUUGUAAAUUGUACUUGUUAGCUCAACUUUCCAUGUACAUGUUUCACACACAUUUAUUUAUCAAUACAUUGUGCAAUGUUUUGUGCUUUAGAAAGAAUCCUUUCUUCGACAUUAUUGCAAGUGUUUUAAAAUUUUGUUUGUUUUUCAAUGCUUGUUAGUGUGUACAUUACAGUCUGAAUUGGAUUGAAUCUGUUGGGCUGCUUAUUUAAAAACAUCUCUGAAAAGUGAAAGCAGGUGACAAUAGGUGCCAAGUUUUUCUGCAAACUUUGACAUAAAAUCUGUGCUAUUGCCAUCACAUUCUGUGUUGUACAGUUCUCCAUUUCUGUUGCAAAUAAUGAACUACUUCAUUAUCAUAAGCCAUGUUCACUUUAUUAGCAAAUGCUGAUGAACCAAAUUUGUUUUUUUUUGUUUUGUUGUAGGUUUUUGGGGUUUUUUUUUUUUUUGAGGGGUGGAAUUGAAUCCACUGAAAGCACUCAUGAAAAUGUAUGCAUGGAAAUAUAUACAGGUAUAUGCAUGGAAUAUUAAUUUCUAUACAAGAAAUCGGGUACACACAAAGUGGGCCUUGGGGAAAACAUGCUAUAAAUUAUUAGAUUCUGUGAAUUUAUAUGCACAUCAAUGACAUGAUAAUUUAUUUUCUCAUUUGCAAGUGUUACCAACAAUAAAUAUUAAUGAAAUUUACUUGAAUUUUAUCUUUAGUCUUUAUCAACUAGCUUAUGAAGAUUUUUUGUUUGUAAUGGCAAACAGACGGAACUAAUCUUACCACAUUAAAAUGUGCAGCUGUUUUAAACACAUUACUCUUAAAGGGACACACCUUAGUUUUAAACACUACAGCAUAUUUCUCGCUAUUAGAGCGGUUUAUGAUCACUUAAAUCAAACAUUACUUAUAUUUUAUUGUUUAGAACCGAAGUAUUUCUGGUCAUCCUCCUGUUUCUAAUAACACAAAAUGCAUUUUUCAUAUUUUUUAAAAUGCAUGUGCGUCUGAGCAGUUACUGAUUAUAGUUCUAGUCUAUUUGUAAGGAUAUUUUCCAGUUUUAAUAUCACACUCUUCUUUCACUCUGUUGUAACUUUAUCCAAAUAUGUUACAAGUUUGUAUAUUAAAUAAACUUAGUGUCCAUUUUUACGGGUUGAAACUAGGAUCUGCGCCUUUAAGAAAAGUUCCAGAACAGAAUGUUUGGCAUUCAUUCAACUUUUAUGAGCAAUUGUGCAAAUAUUUUUAAAACAUUGAUAUCGUGGAAAUAAAUUUGCCGAUGGUAUGGGAUGAAAGAUAUAAAAUAAUGUAAUUUUUAUUGAUAAAGUACAAGUAAAAAGUGAAACCUGAGUGAUUACUUAAAUAAUGGGUUUUUUAAUCAAUGAAACUGUCAUCUGUUACAUGAAGUCACCUCUAGUUACUAUAAUCUCGAACCUAAUCUUAAAGAGAUGUUUAUUUUAAGACUUGUAUGUUAAUAACAAUUUUAAUAUUAUGAUGAUUACUAUUAUUGAUUACGUACAUUUUUUUUGCUUAGAAUGCUUAGAAUAUCAAGGUCAGUAAGAAAAACCCUCAUUAAUAUGUAAUGUUAAUCAUUAAAAAGGUCUUGUUAAUCGCAAACAUGUUACCACAAAGUCAAGAAUAUCCCUUGAUUUGUCCACUUGGACAACUCCCAAAGAUGAAUUUAGAGCUUAAAACACAGGUCAUGAUUAUUUCUUCAAAACCGUGUAUAUUGGUGAAUGUUACAUGUAGUUGUAGACGUCAAAUAUUCCAGUUUCCACUGUGGGACAUAGUAAGUACAAUUCAGGGCUGUAAAAAUUUUAUGGGUGGGGCAAAUAUCAAUCUCUUUUUUUCUCUCUCUGUGUAAACAAUGUAUUUAAUUACUGGGGGAAAAAAGAGAAUGAAAUUGUGGUGCAGCUUCUGAUUGCAAUUAAGUGAAAUUGCCAUUAACCAUUAUGUAAAUUCAUUGAUGCGUCCGUUCACAUGCCUUUAUCCAAACUAAUGGAAUUUAAUGUUUGGACGGUUCCUCGAAUGUAUAGUAUACAUAUCUGUACAGUAUCUUCAUUUGUGAAUUUGUGAAAUAAAUUAUUACUGUUG